UCAACAGACUACGGGGCUUUCGCCGGCUCCAAGUCAAAGUCCGCCGACAAUUAACCUCUGCUCGCAGGAGGAUACGUCAAUCUCUCUUGACAAGAAGGAUAGGAAUGGCGAGAGAUUGUGUAUAGGAUCAUGCGCUAUACUUUCUCCCGAUGGUAUCCGCUGGAUAGAUGCACUGGUAGGCGAUGACAGCUUUAGUUCCCUCCUGUCCGGCCUGAAGAUUCCAAGGAAAGUACCUUUGGGAAAUUUGGAAGGGCGGGCCAACCAUCCUUUACCCCCUAAUGAUACAAUCAUCGCAUGCGUCAAAGGUAAUGGCCUCUAUGCAUGUAUACGGUUGCUCAAAAAUCUCAUACCCAUCAGACUUUUCCGCCACCUAUAAUAGCUCCAUCCAUUUACUCGAAGACGAUUACCUGGCCGAAAUACUUCAAAGGUAUCUCAACGACCAAUUCUUCUCAGAUGCCACAUCAUAUGCAGCAUUGAAUAUUGUGUUAGCUCAUUCGCUAAGCAAAUUUGAUAAUAUGCGACCCGAUGAAGCCGAAAAGUGCUUUGAAAAUUCUUUCAGUAUGCUUCCUGCGAUGAUGUUGCAGAGCGCCAAUAAAUUUAGCAUCGCGACAAUGCUUUUCAUGGUUAUGUACCUUAUAUACACAUCAAGAAGCCAUACUUCUGCCGCCAUCCUCGGAGCCGCCAUCCAGUCAAUUCUCAUGGCUGGCUACCACCAUGCUGUACCCACUCAAAGUAGCUCUGCAGCUCUGCACGAAAGGACCCUGCUUUAUCAUGCCUUUAUAAUAGAGCAAGACUUGGCCAUGUACCAUUCAACACCACCCUCACUUAAAAGCGUCCUGCUCCCCUCUCUGCCAGAGGAGGACCCAGAAGAUGGGCGUAACACGCUUACACUUGAUGAUGGCUCCACGUUAAACUGGCUCCGUGAACAGGUUAUCCUGGGCGAGAUCCAAGACAAAGUUUACGACAGGCUUCGCUCCCCGCAGGCCUCUACACAGUCUCCCGAACAGUUAUAUGCCGGAGUGAUGGAGCUCGACGAAGAGUUACAAAGGUGGAGGCAGAAAAUCCCAGACAUGGCUCGCCCACAAACUCCUUUAACUGGCUUAGACGGCUCGCGUCUAAUGUCUCUAACAGCACUCCAUUUCUCCUACUUUCAACUUCUAAUAUCUAUCCACUCCGUUGUGCUUAGUAAAGUUGUCCCUCUUUGGAACCAAUACGAACAGAGCGACUUGGUCAUCUCUAGUGUGGCAUUGUGCGUUAGUGCUGCGCGGGCGUCGAUCUCCUUACUGAACUAUCAUGACCAUGGCCACCCGUUCACCAUCUACCUGGUAUAUCACAUUGCAUGGACUGUCGAUAUCCUACUUAUCAACAUCUUGGAAAACAAAACUAGCCCCCAGGCCCGUGAAGAUUUACAUCUUCUGGGCACGGUGAUCAGGUUUUUUGAAAAGCAUGAUCCAAACUGUGAAACUGCCGUGCCUUACCACGUCAGUCGGCUAUACUACCAAGUUGCUCUUCGGGCUAUUAACAAUGCAGCUGCUUCACAAAGCACCGGUCUAGAAAACCCAGCUGGAGCCUUGGCUACAACCAAUAACAAUGAUGGCCGCUCAACCUUUCCGUAUCUUAAUAAUAAUGACGCAUUGGAUACAGGUACAGUAACACCGGCAUCGGGUUCGAAUGGGUCCCCGAACCCCGUGUUGUACUCGUGGGGUAUGCAGCUCAGCUUCCUGCCUGAGCUUUGGCAGGAUCCUCACCUGGCCAUGUUGGACGACCAUUUAGCCGAGCAUUCACCCAACGUUUAGGCUAGAUAUACGACUGGCGUUUGAUAAGUCCAAGGGAGUGAUUAAUCAUUAGGGAAACGUGAACAUGGCGACAUAACUAGAAGGACAAGCCAUAGAUGCUAUACCAGGAUCUAAUAAAGGUCGAACAGUCGAAUCCUUCGAUCAAUUCGGCUCUGUAGUAAUAUUAUACUAACACUAUUAUAUUUCACUUUGACAUAGAUUCGCUUCCGAUGAAUAUGAUACUUCUUUUUACCGGCCAAAUGUCAUACUCUGAUACGCACGCAAACAGAACCUCACCUGGGAAACCAAAAGGUCACGGUCAUUUAAUUACAUGGCGUAAAACCUGACCAGGGCUUUUUCAUCACCUAAUCUGAGUCCGAUGGGACCUAAAUACAGGGAAGCCCACCAGCAACUGUACAACUGAUGCUCACACCGUCCUGGAAUCUGCCAUGGCCAAGUAGGAAGGCAAUACCGUUGUCCGGUCCACUAUAUUUGGGAAUAACCCCAUAUCGCUGAUUUAACUAGUGGUACAUGUGCGUGGUAUAUCAAGCAGGUAUGACUCCGGAAUUGA